AUGUUCUCGUCGAAAGGUCUUUUCCGCGAGUUCCAGUGUCCCCAGAAAGAGGAGUGCCUUUUGCCGGUGUGCUGGUUCUCACACGAUGUGAGCUCUCCGCCGAAAGCGAGCGAGGCCGGUGCUGCAGAAUAUGAUCCUCUCAAUACACCGGGCGCUCUAUCGCCUCCUUUGAAACGUCGCAAGCUCGGUGACGCAACCUCUGUGCCCGCAGCUGCCUCCGUUGCAGACACAUCAGUGACGCCACCUCUAAUGCAGAAGUCAUCUACUAGACCUGACAACAUCGCUCGAGCUAGUUCUUUUGCGCCUAUAGAUGCAGCUCGUCACAAGUCGUUGAGUAUGGACCGCGAUGUUGAUGCUGCUGAACAUUCCCAGAAAUCAAAGAGAGGUGUCUUGGCGCCACCCAAGCCAGCCAAAGUUCCGCCAGGAAAAGGUGGCCAUAAGGUCUCAAAAGAGAGCGAUAUGGCAGCAUCCUCAACAGCUGAUACAAGCAGCGCCACCAAGACUCCCACUAGCAUGCAGCGGCCCAUCAGUCCCCCGCCGAAGUCAGCCUCGACAACUCCGGCUUCAAAACCCAGCACGGUCAGUCCAGUCAUGGAAGAAUCUCUCCGACCGCGUCUACUUGCCACAGGCCCAGACUGGAAAGUCAGAGAUGCCCUUCUCAAGGUCUUGCAGAAGAAUUUGAUUGCACGCAACAACGAGAUCAUCAGACAAGUCAAGGAAGGCAAGAAGGCAUUGGCGCCAGUUCGAUUACUGCCGUGGGAGAUCAUCACACUUGCACUCGACGAAGAAAUAGAUCUGGCUAAGAAGUUUGGCACAGGCGUGUAUCAAAAUGUGCUGAAGCAGCGCAUUCAUGCGAUCUCGAAGAUGGACCAUGAGCAGUGGAAAGCACUGGUCACCGACAAAGUAGCAAGGAUAAGCCGCCUGGCCCAACGUAAGGGUGCAAUUGGCGCAGCACAAGAAGUUAUUCUCGCGGACAAGCAGAUAGGGGAGCGAGAGAUUAUACCGGGCUUGAGUCAAGAUGGGGAAUUAAUGCUCCUCGAACGACUUCGACAGCCACUGGAGAAGCUGCAAGGACAUGGCUAUGUCACGGAAGCGCCCACGGCCAAACAGAUCGAGGAGGAACUCGAGAUGCUGAAAGACUGUGAUGGCUGGGAAAAGUGUGAUCGUUGUGCUUCGCGUUUCCAAGUGUUCCCUGGCCGGAAUCUGGAGGGCUUACUGGCUUCUGGCGGUCGAUGCCAGUACCACUGGGCCAGAGCAGGCAGAGGGUCCAAUACGAAAGAAGCCAGGUUCGAAUGUUGUCGGCAGCCAGUAGGUUCGCCUGGUUGCACGGAAGCCGAGUAUCAUGUCUUCAACGACAAGAGUCUGGCGCGGCUCGCAUCGGUCUGGCAGUGGGAGAAGACUCCUCACAGUGAACAGAGGUCAGAUCCUGUCAGCUUCGAUUGUGAGAUGGUCUAUACGACUAAUGGCAUGGAAGUCGUCAGAGUCACCGUUGUGUCCUGGCCCACGAACCGAACGUUACUCGACAUACUCGUACGACCUUAUGGCGAGAUCCUCGAUCUCAAUACUCGCUUCUCUGGCGUGACGAAGAAGGUGUAUGCAGAGACACCUCCAUACGAUGGCACUGCGGCCGUAGCGCUCGAAGCUGAGCACGCGAAGGUCGGGAAAGUCGCCUCACCAGCACAAGCAAGACAACUUCUUUUCGAUAUCAUCGCUCCGAAUACACCUCUUCUUGGACAUGCCAUUGACAAUGACUUGAACACGCUACGAGUCAUUCAUCCUUUCGUCAUCGACACCGUCUUACUGUAUCCGCAUCCCAGGGGGGGCCUACCCAUGCGGCAAAGCUUGCGCAACCUCGCCUUCGAGCACUUGGACGGUCGCAGGAUUCAGAAUGCAGCUGAGCAAGGUCACGACUCCAGAGAGGAUGCCGUCGCAACGGGAGACUUGGUGACGAAAGCAGUGAAAGCAUACUGGGCAAAGAUGCAAGCGAAUGGCUGGCGCUUGCAGGACGGUCUCCCGGUCAGAGGAGGAGCGGACGAUAGCAAGCUAUAG